ACUGAUCCCUAGGGUCUAGUUGAUGUUACGUGUGUUUUCGGCUUCUCGAUUUCUUUUUUGUUUCCUUCCUCAUUCUUUUCGUUGUUGCUCCGGCCGUUCUUCUAAUUCUUGUUGCCGUUUGUCGUGCUGCUCUAGCACUUGUUUUUUAUAUUGUGCGUAGGCACAACAGCAGGCCCAUGCAGCAGCAGCAGUCGCGUCGGCAGAGCAGCCACCGUAUUAACAAUUAACCGUAAUAAUUUACCGCGUGCUGCGCAGAGCAGCGGCAGAAAAACCACCAGUACGGCCUCGCACUGCUGCCCCGAACCGACCGACCCGGCCCGGCCUUUAACUUUGUUUCCCCCCGAAGAGUACGGUGGAUCAUUUCCCCGCCACGACCCCCAAGACGCCGACCCUCGGUGGCGGUAUUGUGCUGCUGCUGGACAGAAAGCGCGCUCGAAGGAGGAACGCCAGAUAAAGAAACGGGACGAAAGAGUUAAACAAACAGCGAAAGAAAGGCGAGACGCUGUAGAGUGGAAGUGGAAAAACGUGUGUUAUUGAGACAAAAAGAAGUGAUCGAAUUACUGCCGUGUAGUUAUACAUAAAUAUAUUUUACAAUCAUCAGUAGAGAUAUAAAAACAAAACCAACAAACAAAUUGCAGCGCCAAAAUGACAUCGAAAAAGCGGAAAGCAUUUUUGGACGGCGUCGACGACGACGACGAUAAUUUUGAUGAAGAGGACUCUGGCUCCGAUUUUGACGAUGAUGAAGAUCCAGAUCUAAUAGAAGUGCCUGGUGGCGGUCGCGAUCUGAAUACAGCUGUUACCUAUGCCCAGAACAUACGGAGCGGUGCGGGCGUAACGAAGGGUCCAGCGAGUGGCAACAGCAACAGUAGCAGCGAUACCAAAACCAUAACCAUUACCAAUCACAAUAACAACAAUAAGCCCACUUCUCUGCUGCGAACCAAUAAUAAUAAUAUCAGCAGCAGCAGCAAUUACAAUAAGAUUGGCAAUAAUAACGGCAUCAUAUUGUCCGCCAGACCGGGAGGAGCAGCGAUAGUGAAAACAGUAGGAGCAGGAGGAGCGGCAGCAGCAGGAGGAGCAACAGCAGCAGCGGCAGCUGGAGCUGGAACUGGGGCAGGAGGAGGAGCUGGUAUUGUGGGUCUAGAACUGACGUCUAAAGGAGGAGUACCGAUAAUAGCCAGAAAAAUAGGAUUAGAGAAUAGUUUAAACAAUAUGCCAAAGAAAUUGAAUAACACAGUGACGGCCAUUGGCCCCACUCUACCAUCCGCAGCGAGGACCAGCAGCUCGGUCUCGGGCACGGGCACGGGCACGGGCACCGUUACGCCCAGCCCCAGCCCUACGCCUCACAUCAAUACGGGGACAGGCGGUGGGGGUGGUGGGUCUGCCAGCAGCUACCUGAGCAGCGGCGCCGGCAGCUACCUGAACAGCCUCUCCACCAACGAACUGAUGAAUCUCGCCGCGUACGUGGCCUCCAAGGGUGGCAGUGCCUCGCCAUCGCCCUCGCAUUCACACUCCUCCACAUCCACCUCCACCUCGUCCUCCAGUGGCGGCGGUGGCUCCACCAACUUCUAUGCGUCAGCGAUGGGUGCUGGCGGUGGCAGUGGGAGUGGGAGCGGGAGUGGUGCCUCUGCCGCUAGUUUCAAUAUGGCCGCGUCUUUACUGGCGCAGAUGAGCUAUGCUGGCGGCGGUGCUGGUUCAGGUGCAGCUGGAGGGGCCCUGCCGGUGGUGCGUCCCUUCAAGGGAGCAAUAACCAAACCGCAAGCGAGUGCCACAGCAGCAGCAGGAGGAGGAGGAGGAGGAGCAGCAACUGCCGGCACCAAGGCCAACACAUCGAUGAUGGCGGCUGUCCAGAAGCUGAUUGCCAUGAAUCCGGAAUAUUUGACCAGCGGCAUACCCAACAAUGUGUUCCAGAUGUUCAUGCAAUCGAUGAAGCGUACACCCUCGCCAGCCAACCCCACGAUGUCCAGCCCCAGCCCUGGCUCCAUUCCGAUGUCCAUGUCGUUGUCCAUGUCGAUGCAGCAGUCCAUGCAGCAGUCCAUGCAGCAGGCCCAUGCCCAGGCGCAGGCCAAUGCAGCAGCAGCUUCGGCCGCCGCAGCGGCUGCCUUUGUGCAGCAGGAGGAGGAUGAAGUGGACUACGAGGAGAUGGGUGUAGCCGAGACAUAUGCCGACUAUUGGCCAGCUAAAUUGAAGCUGGGCAAAAAGCAUCCCGAUGCUGUGGUGGAGACCGCUUCUCUCAGCUCUGUGGAGCCCUGCGAUGUCUACUACAAGAUGUCGAUACCCAACGACACGAUCAGCACGGGACAGCUGAGUGCCCUGCAGCUGGAGUCGAUAACUUAUGCCUCGCAGGCGCACGAUCACCUGCUGCCGGAUGGCAGUCGUGCUGGCUUCCUUAUUGGCGAUGGCGCUGGUGUGGGCAAGGGUCGCACCAUUGCGGGCAUCAUCUACGAGAACUUUCUCAAAGGGCGCAAGAAGGCGCUAUGGAUAUCGGUUUCGAAUGAUCUUAAGUACGAUGCACAGCGAGAUCUGAUCGAUAUUGGUGCCUCGCGUAUUGGUGUACAUCCAUUAAAUAAAUUUAAGUACGCGAAAAUCAGCUCCGAUGUGAACAACAAUGUCAAACGCGGAGUCAUCUUCAGCACGUAUUCGGCGCUCAUUGGUGAAUCGAACAACAAGACGGGCAAGUAUCGUUCACGCUUCCGCCAACUGUUGCAGUGGUGUGGCGAGGAUUUUGAGGGCCUAAUCAUCUUCGAUGAGUGCCACAAGGCCAAGAAUCUGUGUCCGGUGGGCUCCGGCAAGCCCACAAAAACCGGACAAACGGUCCUCGAGCUGCAGCAAAAGUUGCCCAAGGCCCGUGUUGUCUAUGCCUCAGCGACGGGCGCUUCGGAGCCCAAAAACAUGGCCUAUAUGGUGCGACUGGGACUGUGGGGCCAGGGCACAGCCUUUGGCAAUUUCAAUGAUUUUAUUACAGCAGUUGAGCGACGCGGAGUCGGGGCCAUGGAAAUCGUUGCUAUGGACAUGAAGCUGCGCGGCAUGUACAUUGCACGUCAGCUGAGCUUCAAGGGGGUCAGCUUCAAGAUCGAGGAGGUGCCACUCACCAAGGAAUUCCGCAAGAUCUACGAUCAGUCCGUGGAGCUCUGGGUGGAGGCCAUGCAAAAGUUUACAGAGGCCGCCGAACUGAUCGAUGCCGAGAGUCGCAUGAAGAAGACCAUGUGGGGACAGUUCUGGUCAUCGCAUCAACGCUUCUUCAAGUAUCUGUGCAUUGCGGCCAAGGUCAAUCAUGCGGUGCUGGUGGCCCGCGAGUCCAUCAAGUAUGGCAAGUGUGUGGUCAUCGGUCUGCAGUCGACGGGUGAGGCCCGAACUCUCGAUCAAUUGGAGCGCGAUGACGGGGAGCUCACGGACUUUGUUUCGACAGCCAAAGGUGUUUUCCAGUCGUUUGUCGAGCGACAUUUCCCGGCGCCCGAUCGCAAUCGCAUCAAUCGCAUUCUCGGCCUCUACGAUGACACACCGACGCCUUUUUCUGCCGUCACGGAGAGUGCCGCAGCCGCCGCUGCCAACAACAACAACAAUGGCAAGAACGGCGGACGCGGCAAGCGGAAGGGCGGCGGUGGUGUUCAGGCCAAGUCGUCUCAAAAGAAAAAGAAAAUGAGCGCCGGCGCCUGGCAAAUGAGCGACAGCGAUGAGGAGGCAGCCCACACGCCCAGUCGAGACUUUGGCGCCAACUCGAAUAGCGACAGCGAGGGAGCGAACAGUGACGAGGCCUAUGCCGAGGAGGAGGACGAGGACGAGGAGGAUGAGGACGAUGAGGAUGCCGAGGAGGAGAACGAUCGGGACAGCGAUCGCAGGAGCGUGGCCAGUGAUGCCAGCUCCGAUUUCAAUCCGUUCUUCAGUGGCAGCGACAGCGACAUUGAUCCCUGGGUGAAUGCGCGCAGCAAGAAGCCCACCAAGAAGGCCCAGAAGAAGGUCAAAAAGAAGGUGAAGAAGGAAAAGAAGGAAUCCCAGCCAGGCUCCACCGCCACCAGCACCACCACCACACCCGCAACAGCAACAAAAACUGGCAGCGAUGCCAGUGCCAGUGCCAGCAGCAGCUCUGUUAUGUCAGCCGCUGUGGUUGCCGCUCUGACGGCGGCCAAGACACGCAAGUCGCAGCAAUCAACUCAGGACAAGAUCCAGGAUCUGCUGCAAAAGAAGCAAGAGCUCAAGGGCACCGUCACGCCCGUGGGCGUCAAUGGGGUAAAGCUGAAUUACGGCCCACCGCCCAAGGAUGCCAUCGAGCGGGCCUGCACCAUGAAGGAGGAGCUGCUGCGCAAGAUUGAGCGUCUCGGCUCCCGCCUGCCACCGAACACACUCGAUCAGCUGAUCGACGAACUCGGCGGACCCGACAACGUCGCCGAGAUGACCGGCCGUCGGGGCCGUGUCGUCCAGAAUGACGAUGGCUCCAUACAGUACGAGUCGCGCACAGAGUCCGACGUGCCGCUGGAGACGCUGAAUAUUACGGAGAAGCAGCGCUUCAUGGAUGGCCAAAAGGAUGUGGCCAUCAUUUCGGAGGCCGCCUCCAGCGGCAUAUCCCUGCAGAGCGAUCGUCGGGUAUUCAAUCAGCGUCGUCGUGUUCACAUUACCCUGGAGCUGCCGUGGUCCGCCGAUCGGGCCAUUCAGCAAUUUGGCCGCACCCAUCGUUCCAAUCAGGUGAAUGCCCCCGAGUAUAUUUUCCUCAUUUCGGAUCUGGCCGGUGAGCGACGUUUCGCCUCGACGGUGGCCAAGCGCCUGGAGUCACUCGGGGCGCUCACCCACGGCGAUCGUCGUGCCACCGAGACGCGCGACUUGUCCCAGUUUAAUAUUGACAACAAGUACGGCCGUCAGGCGCUCGAGACGGUGAUGCGCACGAUAAUGGGGUACGAGGCGCCGCUUGUGCCGCCGCCCACCGACUACAAUGGCGAGUUCUUCAAGGACAUUGCUGGCGCCUUGGUCGGUGUGGGCAUCAUUGUGAACAGCGAGAGCCAUCCGGGCGUACUCAGUCUGGACAAGGACUACAAUAACAUAUCAAAGUUUCUCAAUCGCAUUCUCGGCUGUCCCGUGGAUCUGCAGAAUCGUUUGUUCAAGUAUUUCACCGACACCAUGACGGCCAUCAUACAGCAGGCGAAGCGUGGCGGUCGCUUCGAUUUGGGCAUUGUGGAUUUGGGCGCUGCUGGGGAGAAUGUGAUUCGUGUGCGUUUGAUACGUUUUAUGCGCAAACAUGCCACCGGAGUGGCACCCACAGAGCUGCACACGGUGCGCGUGGAACGUGGCAUGAUCUGGCAGGAGGCCAUUGACAAAUAUGCCGAUCUGUUCAACGACAAUGAGGGCUUCUAUUUGUCGCAUCAGCUGCGUAAUCAGAAGCGCACAGCCAUACUGGUCGUUGUGCUGGAACAGCAGCCGCCACGUAACAGCAGCAGCACCAGCACCACCGACACGGAUGGUGGCAGCAGCAACAGCAAAAAGAAAAAGGCUCGCACCAAGAGGGAGAUUAUGUGCCAGAUCUAUAGACCCAACACGGGCCUGCAGGUGCGCCAUGAGUCGCUCUUUGAGCUCGAGAAAAAGUACAGAAAGGUGGACAGCGAAGAGGCAGAGACCCACUGGACAGAGCAGUAUGAUGCAUCGGUGAACACGUGCUCGCAUGCCUAUUGGAAUGGCAAUUGUCGGAAUGUGAGCCUCGGCAACGAUUGUGAGGUGGGCCUCAGGCAGCGUCUGUACCAUGUGCUGGCCGGAUCGGUGCUGUCAGUUUGGGGACGUGUCGAGCACAUAUUGAAUACACGUUCCAACAGCAAAAUGCAAGUGAUACGCAUGAAGACGACCGAGGGCGAGAAAAUUGUGGGCACCAUGAUACCAAAAUCAUGUUUCGAUCUCCUGAUGAACGAUCUGAGUAGUGAUUCCGAGAAGAAGGAGGAGUUUAACUUCUAAA